GUUCCGGUUGGGAACGGGUGCGCUUCCGGCGUCGCCGUUGCCUGGUGACGGGUGGGGCGGCUGCCGUGACAGGCGAAGGCCCCAGGAGCUGGAGCGGCGCAGGCGGAGCGCUCGUUCUGGCGGGUGCAACUUUCCCACGGCGACCCUGGAAGAGCAGGGAAAUGAGUGACAGGAAAACAGCUGGAAAAGGUGCAGCUCAGAAAGAUUCCAAACCAGCUUCACUGGUGAAGAAAUCAGGAACAGCAUCUAGAAGACCAGCGUUAGGCCAGCAAGCUGAGAGGAAAGGCACAGCUAAGCAAGAAAGCAGCUCCAAGCUCCCAAGGAAAUCCAGCAAUAAGCAGAAUGAGCCAGCCCUAAUAAACAGCCCGCAUAUAGACUUGUUCUCAACAAGACACAACAGGAAGUGCCUGCAGUUCUGCUCCCUCCUGAAUCACAGCCGGGGCUCAAUCGUGAACACGUUCCUCCUUCACCGGAAGGACCAUCUUUUUUACGCAUUUCCACUCAUCCCACUCAUUCACAAGGCUCUGCUGAAGGAGCUGAACAUGUCAGCUGCUUCCGGGAGCUACGUGGAGCCAGAGCAGGCCUUCAUUGAGAUGGUGAAGAAGGAGCAGGCAGAAGCUGAACGGGAGAGACAGAAAGAGGAAGAAAAAAGGAAGAAGGAGCGAGAAAUACAGCAAAGGAAGAAACGAAUGCUGGAAGCGGCAUUUAAUGGGGAUGUAUAAGAGAUGAAGGCUGUGCUAAAGGAAGUUAGUACUUGGCAGGGGAGAGAUUUGGAUACUAAGAAUGGUGUGGAUACCAGUGAAAAAGGGAAGGCCACGUGUCUCUGUAAUCACAUCAACAUGGUGGAGUGCACUGACGCCAAUGGAAACGCCCCUUUCAGAGCCAUCAAGAGAUGGCCACCCAAUGCGAUCAAGCUGCUGAUAGAAAAUGGAGCCAAUCCCAACUGCAAGGGAGCUUUUGGCAGGACUCCUCUUUAUCGUGCUGCUUUUGGUGGUCACAUGGCUGCAGUGGAGACACUUCUUCAAUAUGGAGCAGACCCCAGACUUUAUGCUGAUGGUGGCAAUACGCCUGAACAAGCAAUUGGUGAUGCAGAGAAGUUGGUGAAGACUCCACGUCUGGCUGCUGAGAAAGCAGAGGAGAAACUGUCCCUGGCCAGGCUCAGGUUGCGAGAACAGACUCAGGAAGACCUUACAAGGCGGCCAGAUACAGAAAUAGACCACCUUGACAAUGCCAGACACAAUUACAACAAGCGCACGCCUAUAAACCAUGCUGUUCAACUGCCUGUCUCCUUCCUCUUACAGGUACCUGUCCUUAGGGCAACAGAUGGACCAAAGUAUUCACAGACUGAAUUUCAAGCAACCAGGAUUGGAAACUUUAAAUUAUUUGUUGUCAUCAAACGUCACCAGCCCCCUGAGGAAUUGCUCCAAAUUCUCCUUCCAAUGGUCAUUCUGGCCAAGUGCAGCCAGUAG